UUUGUGAGGAUGCUGAGGCCUGAGGUCUUAUCAGUCUCGCCUUCUGUCCCUGCGGCUUCCCCCUCAUUGGGAGAGGCUCGGUCUCAGGGUCCUCGCUAUAAUUUCGGACUCCAGGAGACUCCUCCGAGCCGCCCUUCAGCGCAGGCCUCUGCGUCCACCCCUUCUGGCACAUCUGGAGCCGCCGGCGACCGGAGCAGCAGCACGAGUCUCCCUCGCCACCCGCCUCGCGCCCGGCCAGCCCAAGGUUCAUACUUUGGAAACAAAAGAUCUAAUGCAGAAAACCCAUUUGCAUCAGAUUUUACUUUUGGUACAAGCUCGGCUUCUGCACAAGAUAGUAAUUAUCCUCAAAUACUGAAAACUCCAUUGUCUGCUGGAAAUCCCCAGAGAUCAGGUUAUAAAAGUUGGACACCACAAAUGGGAUAUUCAGCUACAUCGUCAUCUGCAGUUUCAACACACUCCCCAUCAGUUAUUGUAGCUGUUGUAGAAGGUAGAGGACUUGCCAGAGGUGAAAUAGGAAUGGCAAGUAUUGAUUUAAAAAGCCCACAAAUUAUAUUAUCUCAGUUUGCAGACAAUACAACAUAUGCGAAGGUGAUCACUAAACUCAGCAUUUUAUCACCUUUGGAAAUAAUAAUGUCAAAUACUGCUUGUGUUGUGGGGAAUUCAACUAAGUUGUUUACUCUGAUCACAGAAAAUUUCAAGAAUGUUAAUUUUACUACUAUCCAAAGGAAAUACUUCAAUGAAACAAAAGGACUAGAGUACAUUGAACAGUUAUGCAUAACAGAAUUCAGCACUGUCCUAAUGGAGGUUCAGUCCAAGUAUUACUGCCUUGCAGCUGUUGCAGCUUUAUUAAAAUAUGUAGAAUUUAUUCAAAAUUCAGUUUAUGCACCAAAAUCGCUGAAGAUUUGUUUCCAGGGUAGUGAACAGACAGCCAUGAUAGAUUCAUCAUCAGCCCAAAACCUUGAAUUACUAAUUAAUAAUCAAGACUGUAGGAAUAAUCACACACUCUUUGGUGUUCUAAAUUAUACUAAGACUCCUGGAGGAAGUAGAAGACUUCGUUCUAAUAUAUUAGAACCUCUAGUUGAUAUUGAAACCAUUAACAUGAGAUUAGAUUGUGUUCAAGAGCUACUUCAAGAUGAGGAACUCUUUUUUGGACUUCAGUCAGUUAUAUCAAGAUUUCUUGAUACAGAGCAGCUUCUUUCUGUUUUAGUCCAAAUUCCAAAGCAAGACACGGUUAAUGUAGCUGAAUCAAAGAUAACAAAUUUAAUAUACCUAAAACAUACCUUGGAACUUGUGGAUCCUUUAAAGAUUGCUUUGAGGAACUGUAGCACACCUUUAUUAAGAGCUUACUGUGGUUCACUGGAAGAUAAGAGGUUUGGAAUCAUACUUGAAAAGAUUAAAACCAUAAUUAAUGAUGAUGCAAGAUACAUGAAAGGAUGCCUGAACAUGAGGACUCAGAAGUGCUAUGCAGUGAGAUCCAACAUAAAUGAAUUCCUUGACAUAGCUAGAAGAACAUAUACAGAGAUUGUAGAUGACAUAGCAGGAAUGAUAUCGCAGCUCGCAGAAAAAUACAGUCUUCCUUUAAGGACAAGUUUUAGCUCUGCUCGAGGAUUUUUCAUCCAGAUGACUACUGAUUGUACAGCCUUACCCAAUAAUCAACUUCCUUCAGAAUUUAUUAAGAUAUCUAAAGUGAAAAGUUCUUACACAUUUACAUCAGCAGACUUAAUUAAAAUGAAUGAAAGAUGUCAAGAAUCUUUGAGAGAAAUCUAUCACAUGACUUAUAUGAUAGUGUGCAAACUGCUUAGUGAGAUUUAUGAACAUAUUCAUUGCUUAUAUAAACUAUCUGACACUGUCUCAAUGCUGGAUAUGCUCCAGUCAUUUGCUCAUGCCUGCACUCUUUCUGACUAUGUUCGGCCAGAAUUUACUGAUACUUUAGCAAUCAAACAGGGAUGGCAUCCCAUUCUUGAAAAAAUAUCUGUGGAAAAACCUAUUGCCAACAAUACCUAUAUUACAGAAGGAAGUAAUUUUUUGAUCAUAACUGGACCUAAUAUGAGUGGGAAAUCCACAUAUUUAAAACAGAUUGCUCUUUGUCAGAUUAUGGCCCAGAUUGGAUCAUAUGUUCCAGCAGAAUAUUCUUCCUUUAGAAUUGCUGAACAGAUAUUUACAAGAAUCAGUACUGACGAUGAUAUUGAAACAAAUUCAUCAACAUUCAUGAAGGAAAUGAAAGAGAUAGCUUAUAUUCUACAUAAUGCUAAUAACAAAUCACUCAUAUUAAUUGAUGAACUUGGCAGAGGUACUAAUACAGAAGAAGGUAUUGGCAUUUGUUAUGCUGUUUGUGAAUAUCUGCUGAACUUAAAGGCAUUUACGCUGUUUGCUACACAUUUCCUGGAACUAUGUCAUAUAGAGGUCCUGUAUCCUAAUGUAGAAAACAUGCAUUUUGAAGUUCAGCAUGUAAAGAAUACUUCAAGAAAUAAAGAAGCAAUCUUGUAUACCUACAAAAUUUGUAAGGGACUCACAGAAGAAAAAAAUUAUGGAUUAAAAGCUGCAGAAGUGUCAUCACUCCCACCAUCAAUUGUCUUGGAUGCCAAAGAAAUCACAACUCAAAUUACCAGACAAAUUUUGCAAAACCAAAGGAGUACCCCUGAGAUGGAAAGACAGAGAGCUGUGUACCAUCUAGCUACUAGGCUUGUUCAAACUGCUCGAAACUCUAAAUUGGAUCCAGACAGUUUACGAAUGUAUUUAAGUAAUCUCAAAAAGAAGUAUGAAACAGAUUUUUCCAGGGCUGAACAAGUUUCAGGAAAGACUGAAGAAUAAUAAUUCACAUCAUGUACUAAUAAAAUAAUGUAUCUUAAUAUGGGGAAACUAGAAUUCAUUUUUCCUAAGAGCAAAAGAAAAUAUUUGCUAAAUUUUAUGUCUUAAUGGAAAAUUACAUUAUACUAACCUCAGAAUUAUCAUCUAUAUAUUGUCUAUAAGAAAAUAUUUGUUACCUUAACACAUGAAAACCAU